GCAGACGGGCCGUGCGGCUCUGCGCGGGCACACGGGCACAGCGGGCUGCGGUCCGGCGCCAGCACGGGCAUCCCCGCGCCGAGACGCGGGACGUGACUCAGGGAACACACAAGCUUCUUCAUCAUGGGAGCUGUAGUAGCUGAUGAUGGUCCCUCAGGUGUUAAAGCCCCUGAUGGAGGCUGGGGCUGGGCUGUCCUUUUUGGCUGUUUUAUCAUCACAGGAUUCUCCUAUGCCUUUCCUAAGGCAGUUAGUGUCUUCUUUAAAGAACUUAUCCGGGAAUUUGGCAUUGGAUAUAGCGACACUGCAUGGAUUUCCUCCAUUCUGUUGGCCAUGCUUUAUGGAACAGGUCCACUUUGUAGCGUAUGUGUCAAUCGCUUUGGUUGUCGCCCUGUCAUGCUGGUGGGUGGCCUUUUUGCUUCAAUGGGGAUGGUGAUAGCUUCCUUCUGCACAAGCAUCGUUCAGAUCUAUCUAACUGCAGGUGUGAUUACUGGUUUGGGUUUGGCACUAAACUUUCAGCCUUCACUCAUCAUGUUAAACCGUUACUUUGACAAACGCCGGCCCUUAGCCAAUGGGCUAUCUGCUGCUGGGAGUCCAGUGUUUCUUUGUGCUCUCUCACCAUUGGGGCAGAUAUUACAGCAUGAGUACGGUUGGAGAGGAGGAUUCCUUAUCCUGGGUGGGAUGCUGCUCAACUGCUGUGUAUGCGGAGCACUAAUGAGACCUUUGGAGCCACCCAAAAAGGCUGAAGCUACCAAAGAGCCAGCUGAGAAGAAAGUGAAGAAAAAACUUCUGGAUUUCAGUGUGUUUAAAGACAGUGGUUUUGUAAUCUAUACACUAGCAGCAUCUAUCAUGGUGCUUGGCCUCUUUGUUCCUCCAGUGUUUGUUGUGAGUUAUGCCAAGGAUUUAGGGUAUCAAGACACCAAAGCAGCUUUUCUUCUGACUAUUCUGGGAUUCAUUGAUAUCUUUGCUCGCCCAAUCUGUGGAAUGGUAGCUGGUCUUAAAUGGGUUAGACCACGCUGUGUCUACCUCUUCAGUUUUGCUAUGAUUUUUAAUGGUUUUACAGAUCUCAUGGGUUCUAUGUCUGUUGAUUAUGGUGGACUGGUGGUCUUUUGCAUUUUCUUUGGCAUUUCUUAUGGAAUGGUAGGUGCUCUUCAGUUUGAAGUUCUCAUGGCUAUCGUUGGUACGCAGAAGUUUUCCAGUGCUAUCGGUUUAGUGCUCCUGGCAGAAGCUAUGGCUGUUCUGAUUGGCCCACCAUCAGCAGGAAAACUCCUGGAUGCAACGGGGAGGUACAUGUUUGUUUUCAUUAUUGCUGGAAUUGAAGUUACCACCUCAGCCCUUGUAUUGGCCUUGGGAAAUUUCUUCUGCAUUAAGAAAAAAUCAGAAGAACCGCAUACAAAAGAAGAAGCAGCAGAAAGAGAGGAAUUAAACAAAUGUGAAAACAAAACUCCUGAAGAUGCCAAAGUGGACUCUAUUGAAGUGGAGCAGUUUCUGAAAGAUGAGCCUGAAAAAAAUGGCGAAGUUGUAACUAACCCAGAAACAUGUGUAUGAGCAUAACAAGGAACUGAGAAGUGUUUAGAAAAGAAAGAUUUCCAACGCUAUUUAUUUUAGAAACAGAAAUAGUUUAGGGUUGGGCCAUCUGCUUUAGUAACUUGGGGCUAGUCAGCUCAUCAGGUCUCUUUGGAAGCUGAUUAGCUAGACAACAUCUUACCGGAAAACUAGCUUUAUUGGUAAAGGGUGGAACAUUGUGGUUAUGUAUUUUAUGUAAACUAAAAAAGCUUUUAUGAACACAAGUAGGCUCUUGCUAUGCAUCACCAGAAACUGCUCACUUGGAAGAUACGGGAAAAGCAUAUUUUCAGAAAAGUGGAAUUAUAUGUAUGUUUUCAGACAAUAUUGAUGAAAUUGCUGUGUUGUGUGGCUAAAUAUAAUUUCCCUACGUUCUCUGUGAAGGGAAAAGAGUUUGAGAUGGAUAAAAAUCUCAGGAACUUAAAGGUCUCCAUUAGGUUUUAGAAUUUCUUACCUUUUUAGAUUUUUUUUUAGAUAAUUGGCUCAGCCCUAAUUUAAUUUUGAUAAGAUCUGUAACUUUGAUUUAUGUAAAUGCAUUUCUGCCUAAAUCUGUAACCUUUGCAAUAAUCACCUGGAAAUCCUGUUUUUGGAAAGGCACAUUACAGACAGUGUCCUCAGCAGAUCACACAAGUGGUAUUCUGAGAUAGUACUAAAAAAACCCAAACAGCAGAAUGGAUCCUGACAGACCUUGAGGAAACAAAAUUAGUCCACAAAUCCAUGCAUUGUUUUCAGUAAAAUUUCUCUAGAGCAUUGAAAAAUAUUCCAAGUAACAUGGACAAGAUGAUCAGUAGAAUAGUCUGAAAAAGUGUCCAUUUUGCAUACAAAAGAAAUGAUGGUGCAAGUUUCCGGAUGACUUACAGAGUGGGUAGACUUUGGGAAGAGACUGAACUACUUUGAAACAUGUUAGUCAUCCAUAAAAUGCAAUGUUAGCAUCAUGGAAAGGUUUUAAUAUGUUUAGUUUUGAGGUUUUUUUUCUACCCCAUUUAUCCCACUUCCCUACCCCCCAGCUUAAUCUAUGGAAGUUCAAAGUGCCAUUCUUGCUGUUUGAGGAAACAUGACAGAACUGUUGAUAAUUUUUAUGAUGGCAUGGUACUGAAUAGAAAAGGAAGGCAUUGUGUUUUUUUUCCCACCCAAAACCACUCAAGAAAUGUAAUUUUUAAAAAUAUAAAAUCAUGCUACUGCAUCUCAUCUCUCAAAUCUGCUUAUAAAAAACUGAAUAGGCUUUGUAACUGCAGUAACAAUCUUCAAAACAGACUAAAUGUAACAGAUUCAAUUUUCUUAGUAGUAGCAAAGGAAUACUGGCUUUCAGGUGCCAAAAUUGUUCUGCUUAAUAACUGAAAAUUGAAAGACCCUAAUCCCUUACAAUUCAGUAUCCACUUAAAAUUUCUAAUGGAAACAAAGUGCCAAAACCAUGAACCAUUCUCUAAUGAAUGAUACCAACUUCCAUUUUGGAAGUUUCUUCAAAAUGGUUUUGCAAUGUUAGGACAACCUUGCACAGAAAUCGGAAGGUUAGAAAUAUAACUUUAAAAAGAAAUGGAUGCGACAUAGAAUAAACUGGUUUUACAUCCUAUGUAGUGCAUUAUUUUAAAGUCUUAUUAAUUUAGUGGCAGCAAUCGUAGUGAAUGGUAUUUUCCAGUUGUAACAGCUUGCUUACUGAACUUAGCUCCAGUUUGCUAAAGACUAAAUUGGUACUUGAAGCACAACACUGAUAACUCCAGAAGGCAAGAGAAAAACGGAAUCCACAGAGUAAUUUAUUAUAUCCUUGGAGGCUGCUUCAGAUGAUACAUGAAAGCCUGAUACAGCUUUCAGAUUGGAGUUCCCUGUUGUUUCAAAAAGCAGAAACUGAAAACCUUUCCAAAGGUGAAUUCAGAUUCUCAGACAGCCAUUUCUGACUUACCGUGUGCUUUGAUCACUGGAUUUCUUUGCUAGAUAAUGCUAUGCAGUUAUCACAGAAUGAAAUGGUUAUUCUGCAAAUUGUCCAGACUGCUUUAUGGGUGACAGAAUGUCAUUUGUGCUUAUCAUACUGACUUUCCAGACUAUGUUUCAUUUUCCAUACAUAAUACUUUUACAGUUAAGCUGGAAAAAAUUUUAUGCUGUAAUUUUAUGUGAUUUGAGACAGAAAAAGAAGUUAGGAAGACAAGGAGACACGGUUCAACAAGAAACCAUAAAUCAUCUUGUAAGCAAAACUGGUGUUAAUAGAAAGGCCUCAUUUGCCAAUACAAGUUAUUUUCUUCCACUCAAAGACCAAUACCAUUGACUGGGACUGCCAAUGCUCUUGUGCUGUUUUCAGCACAGGCCUACCAAUGGCUUGCAGUAUUUAUGACAGCAGGAGAUGCUUACUGAAUGACAGUGGUCAAAUCAAAGGACUCCUUUAUUGACUGUGAGGAAAAAAAGGAUUAGAAUUUAAUUCACUAAGCAGUUUAAAAAAACAUAUUAUCAGUGUAAAAUCUUUUAUCAUUUUAAUUAAUUGCAAGAAGCAUCAAUACAAAGGUGAGAAACUCCUAAUGUAGCUCUCUUAGCAACAUCCAAAGUGGCAGGCUUGAGAGUACUUCAGAGUUUUAGAGCCAGUUAAGCUCCUUGCUCCCAUUCAGUUCCACUCAAGGUAACACCAAAGUGUGUGGUAGCCCUCCAGUCCUCAUUGUGUUCAGCUGCCUUUAUCUUCUUGGAAAGAGAUUCGUUAAACUGAUGGGAAGGAAACCUCCAUGCCAGAUAUCCAGGCUGAACACCUGCUGGCCAUUACACUAGACUGGGCUGAAGCAUGUACCCAACUGCUCCAAUAACCCUUUGUGGCCAUGUCAAUACAUCUCCUAUUUUAUAGAUCUCCCUCCUUCUACCCCAGUGUGUUAAAAACUCAAAACCAACCAAAACUAAACCCCACAAGCAUCUAGUCCUUAGCUUCCCAGCACUGUCCAGCCAGGCUUCUUUUUAAUUUAACUCUGCUUACUGUAAAUAUUUAAAUAGAUUGAUAAAUAUUUUUUUUAAAGUAUUUUGUAUAUUUAAAAGCAAGGAACUGAUUUAAAUUCUUCCAGAUACUUUGCUACUCUAUUUCUUUAAUCUCAAUACCAACUGAGAUGCCCUUAAGAGCGGUCUGCGAGAUGUGCUCAUCCACAUAUUUUGAGGAUGUACACAUCGAAGCCAUAAAGCAUUGCUAAGGAGACACUGAUUGCUCAGGGUCACAGGCAGAACAGUUUCAUGCAACAUCUACCCAGAUGAACCUUUGUUCCACCUUCACUUGAUUAAAAUUUUGUGAUUUGAAAAAAGGGAAAAGGAAAAGGAAGGGAAUGUAGGUAAUUAUGCAACCAAGUUGCGAAGCAUCCAAAGAUUCUAGUUUACUCCUACAUCAUACACUAUUGAAACAUAUAUAAUUUCUUUUGACACACAGAUCAUGAAUAUAUCUAAGAAGUCUGGAAAGUAAACAAUCAAAAAACCAAAACAGUUUUCCAAGAUUCUUUCUCUGAAAGUCGUGAAUAGUCUUUUACCCCGCAGGCUGGCAAAAUUUUGAAAGCAUUUUGGAUCUUCACACAUUCUAUAAAUUGUGUACUAUAGGAUUUAUUGGCAAAGUAUUGUAUGAUUGAUUAUGUAAUGGGUCUUAGAAAAGUAAGGGCCUGAUGCAAGGAGAUUAAAUGUGCAUAAAUGCCAGUAAUACACAAAGACUAGAUAAAAAAGAAUACAUGUGUUUGCACAUACAUACGUACAUAUGUGUGUAUAUACAUACAUACAUACAUGAAUAAAAAUAUAUACGUAAACACGCAAAAUACCCACAGGAGUAGAUUACAGACAGUUUGCCCAUUUAUUAGACAGUGAGCAGAGUUAAAAUUAUUUUCUUCCUCCUAUACAAAGAUCAGUUUGCUUUUUUGAAAAUUCUAAAUUAAAUAUUUUGUACCCAUUUGGAGCCUAGAAGACCUCAGCAGAACUAGAAGUCUUAAAGUAAUGCAGCUGUUUCAAAAUAAGCCAGUCCCCUAAAGUUAAGACUUGAGAUGGAUGGUAUGAAGAUAUGGUGUAAAGGACUGGAGAGAUUUUGUGUAAUAUUAAAUUCCAUCUACACAAACGGGUAUUAGGCCACAUAGAAUCAUUCUUUAAAAAUAAAUUAGAACAUUCCCCUAAUCAAGCAACCAAUCUUCAAAAUGAAAAAGCAAAAUUCAUAUAUGCACCAUUGGCACAUCCCAAAGAAAAUGUUUAGUUUGGUAGACAAUUAUAAAAGGAAGAAUUUCAGAAUGCAAACUCUUACACGUUACAACAUGUAAGUAUUGACUUAUGUAGUGUGUCUGUGUCUCUUUGCCACACUCAUCUAUAGGAUUAUGAGAAGCAAUUAAUUUUGUGCGAGAUGACAUUUUGUUUCUUGUUAAUGCACUUUAAUGUAAUGUGUAUAUUUAUACUUAGUAAUUUUUUUAUGCUUUUCUAGUAAACUGUUGCAAAUGUAGUGAAUAAAUAAAUAUCUGAUUGUCAAAAACUGUGGGUUUGAGAAAAUAAGCUGAGGAAAAAUUAACUUUAGCACCCCAAUAUGGAUAUUAGGCUUCAUUUGCACAUACCUAUUAAACCGCUAUACAGGGACAAGAGUGUUUAUAGAGAAGAGCUGACACUCAGCUGACAGGCAGCCACAAUUUAAUGUGGGCAAGGGGACUGCUUUUGUCAUGACUCAUAGUUUGGCCAAUUCCAAAAUGGAUAUGUGCUUCUGCUGUAAGUGAUCCUGAAAACUACUUUAAAGCAUCAUCUAAUUUAAAAUAACAGCAAUUAAUUUUGUACUGUGCUUUGUAAAAAAUAUUAAUGUUCUCCUUUGAACAGUGCUCCAGAUUUUGUCUGCAGGUAAAGUUUUAUGAACUGUCUUGAGUUAUAAAGCCCAAAAUAUUUUGAACACUGACAUGUUGGCAAGCUGUCUGUACUGUCAAGUGAUGCUCUUCAGAAUUUGAAAGCUCCUAAGAAAACACAGUGCAGGCAUACAUUUAUGUUGUGGGUUUUUGGCUCCUAUGGUACCUCAGCUAGGACUAGCUCCUCAAGGUAUAAUCUCAAGGCUACAUCCAGGUGAAUCAAAAUUACAAGCGGUGUAAUUCACAAGCAAGACCGAUCUUUUGGAAUCUGAAGAUACAUACUUGUGCUUAAUUCUAAGUAUGUGUGUCAAGAGAUCUUUGAGAAAACUUUCAAAGCUCACUUAAAAAAGUUUCUCUGUAUAUUUACACUGAAAAGGUCGCAGGUCUAGUUUACAUAAACACAUCCUCCCCUUAGUAUUUGAAUAGAUACACGAUUACCUUUUAUGGUAGUUUAAUUAAAUUGGCAAGACUUAAGGUGUAAUCAAAUGCUUUGCAACCCAAUGGCCAAACCAAGCCAUAUACUGCUGCAGGAAUUAAUAUUACUCAGUGGACUAAAAUGACAGAACUUACUAGCAUGUAGUCAGCCCACUCUUGUGACAGAAAACCAGAAUUUAUCUUUGCCUCUGGCUGUCUUUGAGUCUGAAAGAAGUAGGGCCAAUCACUGUAGGGGAAAAUGUGCUUGAUCUGAUUUGCACAGCUGCUGUUUCCUGCUGCUGGACCUGUUGAAGAAAGUACUCCUCUACUUCUGGAAGACUAAACAACCUUGACAACAGCAGUGGCGCCGCGAAUGAGAAGCAACAGCUUUGGAAUGGAUUGUUUCAGCAGCUUUCUCAAUGCUUCUGAAACAGAGGUUAUUUUUGUGUCAGUUAAAAUGCUUAUGCUCUUAAAAGCAUUUUGCUAGUGACACAGUCAGUGAGAUCAGCAGUCCUGUAUUUGUCUGAGAAUGUAUGGCAAAUUAAGAUACGGAGUAAAAAGCUACUUACCUCUAGAUAUACACUGUUAUUUCCUUGACUGAGCUCCGUAUUUGCUUCAUCAUGUCAGCAACAUUUCAGCUGGCAGCCUUCCUCACUACUCCCAGAUGAAUACUUCAGAGCAUUAAGAAAGGAUAGCUUUUGCUCUUCUGACUUUUCAUUUACUACUCUUUCAACAGUUUAAAACCUUUCACAAUAAAACUCUGAACCCAAUGAAAAAGUAUAUACAGAUUUUAGUAUUUAAAAUUCUUAAACAGCAAAAGACCUUCUGAGUCUCGUUGAAAAACGUGCCUUAAGAUCCACUGAUGAUGUGUCAGACAAAAUACAUUUUUUUUGGCCGUGAGAGCAGAGAAACAUUUGCUGUUAGGGGUCAUCUAAGAAAAAGAACUGUGCAUGACCUCAAAUCACCCUGGCUUAUCCUUUCCUUAAGGAUUAAGGGAAAUACCAGAAGCUGUGUCCUGCCUUUGUGCCUGUAAUGCUUGCAGGUCUGAACCAAGCUGAGGACCGUAACUGAACAAUUUUUUUUUUCUUGUAGUGCUCAGGACUAAGUAUUUUCUUUUUAGUGUAUAAUGUACCAAAUGAAUUCUUGUUCCACAUCCCAUCCCAAACAUCCUGGAUUGGUCACGGUAAAGACACUGUAGACUAGGGCUUAAUAAUUUAAGAUGAUCCAUGACAUUUUUCCCUUUUUCCACUUUUUCACAUUCCUCUUUGUCCAUUAGGCAUACAUAUAUAUCUCAGACCUAUACCUUAAGCAUUUUGAAUCAAGAAUUGCCCAAAAUGUGAUUAACAAAGAACAUUUUAGGCAUAUUUUUGUAGAUUCUCUGUGUACAGUUCUCUGCUCAUUUUCUACUAUCCCUCUGCCUGAAGCAUAUAAUGGGUUUGACAGAAGAACCAAACCAUCCUAGUCUUAAUAAUCUUAAGCAAGGAAAAAACCCACCAAUAUCUAAGAAGUUGUAAAGUGUUAAUACUGUGCAAAUAUCUGCUGAAAAAGUCGGUAUGAUUUGGCUGUGAAACAGAUUCUUACUGAAGACCAGGCCUCUGAGCACUCUCCUUGCACAAAAGUAUUGAACAGUACACAUAGUCUAUACCAAUUCAGGUUCAGACAGUCACUUAAAUCUAUACAUAUGCAUGUAAAAUCAAUAACUGUCACUUGAAUGAAUCAAAGGGAAAUGUACUGUUUUUAAUAACAAAAUACUGCAUUCUUUCACAGUAAAACCUUUUUAUUAUUAACCUAACUCAUCCAGUGAAUUUUAGAAGCUGCUGUAGGAUUAAGUUCAUGAUGGAUUACACUUGCUCACAAUCUCAAAGCUUAAAUUUUGAUUUCUGAACAGAUGGCCCAGCACUAUUAAAAAAACAGUAGCAUUGUUUGUUUUAAUUUGGUAUUUUGUACACAAAGUGCAGCUCUUGUAAAGCAAAAGUCAAAGAACAAAAUAAACACCUUUUUAUUUAAUUAUUUUAAAAGAGAAACUAAAUAUUCUUGAAAUCAACACGUAUGCUGCUCUAGCCAAUGCUAUCCUCAAGGGUCUGGGACAUAAGGAAACAAAGACAAGUAGUUAUACUCAUGACAUUUUUCCUACUGGAAACGAUGACUUCAUCAACGUGCCUUCCUCCAAGGAGUACUUUGAAUAUUUUCAUGAAGCUAACGUGGAAUACAUGGACUCAAAUGUUUUCUCUUAAUGGCUCUCUUAAAGCAGAGGAUUUAUUUUCUUUUUUUUUUUAAAGUACUUGUACCACAAAAACUCAAGGACUCUGUAACCACUCAAGAUUAUGUAAAACAGCGGCACAGGUGGUAUUUUCCAUAUAAAAGCAUAUACACAAUUUUAAGCGAAAACCAUGAGAAGAAAUUAAAAUAUCCUUCCAACUUCUAAAUGUCUGAUAAUAAGAAAACACGGAGGGUUCCUGAAGGUGUGCCUACCCUCAGGUUACAAUAGACUUUUGAGAAUCAUAUAGCAAAAUCUGGAAUUUUAUUAUACAGGGCACCACUGUGAGUACACCUCACUAUUUUUCUUGCCUUUAUCUUAGCUCCCAUAACUGAUCUAAUCUCAAUUCCCCUACUAUACUUUCUUAUCAAUACCCUGUAUUACUUGAUAAGCGAAAGCUUUUGUACAGAAUAAAAAAACUUCUGGAAAAAAAAGAAGUAUUCAAACAAAAACAUUUACCUUUAAAUUGGCAAAAAGGCAUGCUUUCUGUGAGCAAAGUAAUUAAUGCUUUCUCUUUCUUCCUGUACACCCCAGGAUUAUAACUACCAAACUCUUUCACUGAAAGUUGUGCUACCAAGAUAGUAUCUUCAAAUGUUUGCAACUGACAAUAUUCUUUGUAGGUACAGAAAUCCCUUGAAAAAAAGAAAAAAGAAGUGAGAAAUGAGAAAAGAGAAGAAAAAAGGAAGAAAAGAGAAAAAAGAAAAGAGUUGCAUCAGGUAAAUGGUGAAGAUUCAUUGCAAGUCAGUAAGUUACACCAAGAAGAACAGAAGUUAUUAUGAAUGUAUUUACACAACUGUUAAAUUACACAAAUACAGUGGUAGUACAAAUGAAGUGCUUUGAGAUACUGGUUUAUACACAGGUUCAUAUAGACAGUCCAACUAUUUUCUGCAUGAUGGAAUUUAGCUAUUAUGAGGACAAAAACUGCCCACAAGUGAGUACAAUUCUAGAAAUCUGCAGUUAACUUUUAAGUAUAGUAC